AGGGGUUUCCUUCCAUAGAGUUACUUACUAGCCAUCACUCACGCUCAUAUAAUCGUUGAUCUUAAAUAUUUAACUCACUGAUACUGAAAUUUUCAAUUACAAUGGCCGGGUCGACGGAGACCGCCAACGGCGUAUUCGUUACAGCCUCCGAAGCCCCUGAAGACGGCAACACCGAAAACCUAGGCAAAGCCGAUAUCGAGCGAUUAGGUCGCGAGAGACCUGACACUCUUUCCAACUGGGCUGCCGAAGCUGGUUUCGUUUUCGCCAUUGUAUCCUCGUUAUGUAUGAGCGAGUACUUCAUCAGCGGCUUCAAUAUCGUCCUACCAGCGAUCACCGAAUCAUUGCAGAUCCCAGAAUCACAGCAAACAUGGCCAGCCGGCGUCAUAAACCUGACUACCGCCGCCCUUCUCCUCCCAUUUGCGCGUCUCUGUUCUCAGUACGGAGGCCGAAACGUGUUCUUAGGUGGUCAUGUCUGGCUCCUGAUCUGGUCCAUCGUCUGUGGCUUCAGCAAGAACCCCAUCAUGCUGAUAGUCGGCCGUGCGAUGCAAGGCAUAGGCGCUUCUGCGUUCCUCCCGGCGGGUCUGACUCUCUUAGGUCAGACAUAUCGGCCGGGGCCACGCAAGAACCUUGUCUUUAGCUUGUACGGCGCCGCAGCUUGUAUCGGGUUUUAUUUUGGCAUCAUCAUGGGUGCUGUCACCGGACAACUUGCCAAUUGGAGAGUAUACUUCUUCGUCGGCUCUGCUUUCGAAUUCCUCCUCAUUGUCACUGGCUUCUUUACUAUUCCACGGCACCUUGGACAUGAUGGCCCCGGUGUUCGCAUGGAUUGGUGGGGUGCCUGCACCAUCGUGCCGGGGCUAGUCCUUGUCGUGUAUGCGCUAACAGAUGGAGGCAACGCCCCAGAUGGCUGGCGAACGCCGUACAUCUACGUCACAUUUAUAAUGGGCGGUCUCAUGCUCUGCGCUGCGGUAUAUGUGCAAGGAUGGGUCUCGGCUCAGCCACUCCUACCAGCCGAUCUAUUCCGUCCGAAAUACAUGAAGCGGAUCUCCGGAUUCAUAUUCUGCGGCUUUGGCGUUUUCUCUAUCUUUUUGUUCUAUGCCAGCUUUUAUAUCCAGAAUGUUCUACACGCGACCCCCUUGCAGACUGCUGUGUGGUUCAUCCCCCUAGCCCUCGGCGGCUUCAUACUAGCAAUUACGGGCGGGUUUGUCCUACACAUACUAUCUGGGCAAAUACUUCUGCUUGUUUCUUGCAUGGGCUAUAUACUCUGCGUUUUACUAUUCCCCUUAAUACCAUCACAAGACGGCCCCAACAAGUUAUCGACCAGCCAUAUCUAUUGGGCAUACGUAUUCCCGUCUAUGAUAUGCAGCACCAUAGGUAUAGAUAUCACCUACAACGUGACUAACGUUUUCAGCACGACCGCGAUGCCUAGACGUUUACAGGCGACCGCUGCAGGGUGGAUCAUCAGUCUCGGAUACCUUGGCAUGGCAUUUUGGCUCGGGGUAGCUGAAUUGGCCGUCUCAUCCUGGGCCCGUUCCCGUGCGCAAGAGGACCCCACCCUUCGUGAAAAGUACCAGAUUGGAUUUUGGACUGGUCUUAGUUUGGCUGGCGUGGCCUUUGCCUGCGCGGCGACUACGAGAAUUGGCCAAGCGUCAGCUGAGUUGACAGCUGACGAGAAAGAUGAAUUAGAGAAGGGUAUGGUUCAGAAAUAGACCACCUAGGAACCUAGGUAGCUAUCCUUACCACAUCGUAGAUAGAUUGGAUAACGUAUAAUUGUAUAAAUUUUAUCGCGAACCCCCAUGGUCGGUUUGGGUCUCGUCAGGUAAGUUCUCGACCAAAAAGGUGUUCCCUCCUUCUAGUAAUGAAAGCCGUACGUCUAGUAGUGUAUGCUGGUAGACUUGGGAAUAUGUAACUAGAAGGUAAUACCUAGUUCGCAGUGAAGUUACCGUGUAUAGAAGCACGAAUUAUAGCAGAUCCAAGCAGACGUU